AUGGACGCAGGCGGUCUUGCUCAGAUGUCUUACAACAACUUCUCUUCCAAUAAUGGCUUGGGUAUGCCAGUUACUGGUUUCGCUGCUAGAAGAGCUGCGAAUGGUUCCAAUAUCAAACGUCUCUCCUUUGAACCCACCAACAAGUCUCUUGAUGCUCAGGAUAAUGGUGCACCAACUCCAAGAACAUCUCGUUCUCAUCUACUCGCAGGUUUAAGAACUGCACCAAAAUCUGCCACUUCUGCCAACUUUCCAUCAACUGCUCCACCUACUCAAGUUCAACACAACACUGGAAACAAUGGAAUGAACUCUAGCAGAUAUUCCGACAAUGGACCAAAGACUUCUGGAUAUGCUUCAUUCAAUCAAGGAAAUCAUCAAAUGAAUCAACAUCAGAUGUAUUCAGUUCCCGAACAAAUUCUUUCACCACCUGAGAUUCACAUUGAUGAUGGAAAUGAUGGAAUGGAUCCAAAUUUGUAUGCUCAACUUGUUGCUACAAAUUUGUAUCUGGCAGAACAACAACAACGUCUUCAACAACAAUUGAUGAGUGUUCAAGCUGCCGCUCAACAAAUGCAAGGAAUGAAUUUGAGUGGACAGUAUUCAACUCCUCCCAUCACCCCACAAAACAUGGGAAUGUAUCAACAGCAGCAGAUGAAACAAAACAUGCAACCAAUCAUUACACCUGUCAUGGGAGCUCAACCGGGUAUUUAUUCUUACUACAAUCCAAUGACUGGACAACAAACCUAUUUCAUGGAUAACAGUGGUCAACAAUAUACCGAGUCACUAAACGAACAGAGACUUAGCUAUUCUCCACCGCAACAACCUGGAACGCCAAGAUUUCAAGUAUCCCCACCACCCCCAUCCGAUACACCAACUUUCACUAGAUCAAUCAGUCCACCAAAGAAACCAGCAUCACCACCACAAGAUCAUGCUCCUUUACCACCACCAUCCGCUGGUGCUUUCCGUAGAGGACAUCGUAAUUCAAAAUCGAUGGCUAUGUCUAUGUCUGGUGACGUUGCAUUGGAUGGUCCAAAAACUGCAGGAUUACCAAAAUCUACUUUCCCAGGUACUCCAACUCAAGUAGGAUUUGCUCCAGGUGCAGGACGUGCUGGUGAACAUCCAGUGAGACAACCAAGAGGUCCACCACCUAUUGAAGAAUUGAAAGCCAAACCAACUGCAAAAUUUGAAGGUUCCAAGAACUUUGCCACUCGAACUCGUCGAAGUGCUGUUCAUAAUCUUGUUCGUGCUGGUUUGGAACGUAGAAGAGCACCAGGCAGUGCAUCAGGUAGCAUGUCACCUGUUUCAGAACAUGGUGAAAUAUCAUUUUCAGUUGAUGAUAAUGAUUCGGAUUCUGGUCGUAGUGGAAGUGGAAGUCUUUCAGGUCGUCCAAGUCCACCAAGUUCUCGAACAUCUCAACAUGGUGCUAUUGGUUCUAAUAGACCUAGUUCACGACAAAAUUCUCCCGAGAUGAAAUCAGUCAUCUCUGUUGAUUCAUUCACUGCUGAGAGUGUUUCCGGUGAUGAACAAAUUGGUGGUAGCUUUGCUGCUGUUUUUAAGAACGGUGGAAAGAAGCCUGAAACGGCUGAUGUUCAAAAGAAAGCACCAAUGCUUGUUCUCACUAGCGCUGAGAAACGUAAAAGUUCCAUCUUUUAA